GCGUAUCUCAAUCAAUGGCAGAUUUCACUGGCUUCCAGUUUCUUCUCCAUCUCAGCCAACUCUCACGCGCUUCAUUAAUCCUCACUUCUUCUUCUUCUGGUUAAACCUACUGAUCGCUCUCAUUUUCUUUAUAUCGGCAGACAGCUCGACAGCUUCUGUGUAUUUAAUGUAAGAACUGAAGACGUAUCUUCUUGUUGGAGAAUAUCCGGCUUUGGGGAAUUUUUGGGAAGUGCCUGUGAAACCUUGAAAAUGGGAAGUGUCCGCUCUUCGCUGCUGAUUUGCCUCAACCUAUGGUGGCUCCUCGCCGGAGAAACGGUUUUCGCGGCGGAGGAGAAAAGCGGCGACAAACAGAGAGAACUCAGUCAGACGCCGACAUGGGCUGUCUCCGCCGUUUGUACCUUCUUCAUCGCCGUCUCUGUUCUUCUGGAAAAAUUUCUACACAAAUUGGGGACGGUGUUGUGGGAACGCCACAAGAAAGCUCUCCUCGAUGCCCUGGAGAAGGUCAAAUCAGAACUGAUGGUUCUGGGGUUCAUAUCCUUGCUUCUCACGUUCGGACAAAGCUACAUUUUGAAGAUAUGCAUCCCUGAAAAAGCUGCUCGUACCAUGCUCCCAUGCCCGGCUUCUCCUGGCAAUAGUGAACACGAGAAUGAGGACAGUCAUCGUAAGCUCCUGUGGUUCGACCACAGGUUUCUGUCAGAAGACGGAGGGUCAGCUAAAAAAUGCUUGGAGGCUCAUAAACAACAGCUUAUAUCUGCCGAGGCCCUGCAUCAGUUGCACAUCCUCAUCUUCUUCUUAGCAGUAUUCCAUGUCCUUUACAGCUUCCUAACCAUGAUGCUUGGGAGGUUGAAGAUACGUGGCUGGAAACACUGGGAGCAAGAGGUAUCAUCCCACGAUUACGAGUUCUCAACUGAUCCUUCCAGAUUCAGGCUAACCCAUGAAACAUCUUUUGUUAGAGCACAUACCAGCUUCUGGACAAGGAUUCCAUUUUUUUUCUAUGUUGGAUGUUUCUUCAGACAGUUUGUCAGAUCCGUUGGGAAAACUGACUACUUGACACUGAGAAACGGGUUCAUUGCUGUUCAUCUGGGUCCAGGAAGACAAUUUAACUUUCAAAAAUACAUAAAGAGAUCCUUAGAGGACGACUUCAAGAUGGUGGUCGGAGUGAGUCCGGUUCUCUGGGCAUCUUUUGUGAUAUACCUACUCCUAAAUGUUCACGGCUGGAAUACUUUGUAUAUUGGUUCCGUGGUGCCUGUUAUCAUCAUCUUAGCAGUGGGGACAAAGCUUCAGGCAAUUCUGACAAAGAUGGCACUUGAAAUCACCGACAGACACGCAGUUGUCCAAGGAAUGCCUCUUGUCCAAGGAUCCGACAGAUACUUCUGGUUUGGUCAUCCUCAGUUACUUCUUCAUCUUAUCCAUUUCGCCUUAUUUCAGAACGCAUUUCAGAUCACGUAUUUCUUUUGGAUAUGGUAUUCCUUUGGAUCGAAUUCAUGCUAUCAUCCCAACUUCAAGGUUGCCAUUCUAAAAGUAUCUAUCGGACUUGCAGGGUUAUGCCUUUGCAGCUACAUCACGCUUCCUCUGUAUGCACUUGUAACUCAGAUGGGUUCACGCAUGAAGAAAUCCGUGUUCGAUGAACAAACCUCAAAGGCACUCAAGAAAUGGCGAAUGGCGGUGAAGAAGAAGCAAGGGAAAGGCGGGAAGAUUCAGAGCAGGAGACUAGGAGACGGAAGCGCAAGCCCGACAGGGUCAACGAUCCGUUCAUCAUCAGGACGGACCUUGCACCGUUACAAAACUACAGGCCACUCGACUCGGUCUUCCACAUACGAUGACCGUGACAACGAGACAUCAGAGUUCGAGACAGACACGGAGCCCUUGUCUCCAAAGCCAACAGGGUUCGAUCUUGUCGUGAGGGUUGAUCAUCGCAAGCAAGAACCCGAGGCCACCGAGACACACAGUGAUGGUGAAGCCAUUGAUGAAAAAGAUUUCUCCUUCGCUAAGCCUGCACCUAGUAAAGGAUCACAGUGAAAACGGUCAGGUGCUGCUGAUAAACUUUUUUUUUUGUUUGUGUGUAAAGAUCCAUACUUUGCUCUAAAAAUGCCGAAAAAGAUUCGGGCUUUUGCAUAGCCAAGGUUCUCUGAUGGGUUGUGGUACACAGAUUCUUUCUGCCAAUAGAUUCUUGAAAGGGCAAAGCUUUUGUUUCACA